AAAUGUCAUUUUUCCUUUUUAAAAAAUUCGGAUUACAAUCCGAAAUCAAAAUUGAAAUUUCUCACAAUUUAAUGAAGAGAGAGUCCAGCUAAAUGACGAUCGCAACUUUUCCAUUUUACCAGUGGCGCGAGCAGACCAAAAGUUUCCACCCCGAGAUUUCACAUCUCCUUGCUCGAUUGGAGAACGGCGUGGGGUUUACAUGGGUCAGUGUUGAAAGCUGAUGUCGUUAUUCUGGAUUGUUUUACGUCAAUUAGCUGAAAUUGAAGCCAUGGCAAUGUCAAAGAAAGUAAUCACAAGAGAUGAGUGGGAAAAAAGGCUGAAAGAUGUUAAUAUCAGAAAAGAAGAUAUGAAUAAGUUAGUAAUGAACUUCCUAGUGACUGAGGGUUAUGUGGAAGCAGCAGAGAAGUUCCGAACAGAAUCUGGGACAGAACCUGACAUAGAUCUUGCGACCAUUACUGAUCGGAUGGCAAUUAAAGAGGCAGUACAACGUGGUAAUGUUGAAGAUGCAAUUGAAAAGGUUAAUGAUUUAAAUCCUGAGAUACUGGAUACAAAUCCCCAGCUCUUUUUUCAUCUCCAACAGCAAAGGCUGAUAGAACUGAUCAGGAAUGGGAAGGUGGAAGAGGCUUUGGAGUUUGCUCAGGAGGAGCUUGCUCCAAGGGGAGAGGAAAAUCUAGGGUUUUUGGAGGAGUUGGAGAAGACAGUUGCAUUGCUUGCAUUUGAAGAUGUUGCCAGCAGUCCUGUCGGAGAGCUUUUAGAUAUAUCACAGCGUCUAAAGACUGCAAGUGAGAUUAAUGCUGCAAUUCUCACUAGUCAAAGCCAUGAAAAAGAUCCAAAGCUUCCUGUCCUAUUGAAGCUGUUGACCUGGACGCAAAACCAGCUCGGUGAGAAAGCUGCGUACCCUCGUAUAAACGAUGUAUCUACUGCUGUACUUGAAGAUCCUGCUGUUUGAACUUUGAAAUGCAGAAUAACAAAUUUAAUUUCUUAUGGGCUCGCGCCUCUGUUUUUGUGGUGUUAGUUCUUUUUGUCCAGUUCAUGAAGAGUAUGCAUAUAACUAGGAUACUUAAAUAACUUCCGUUACUCCUAAGUUUGUCUCGUGGGAGCUGUCUAUUGACUUUCUCGGUUUUAGUCGAUCAUCUAUAGGCAAUUUAGGUUGGUUUGUUUU